AUGAAGGAAAUGUCACUGAAGUGUGACUGUAGUCUAAAGGUGGCUGACUCUAGUUACAGGUUUUUGAAAUCUCUUUGUUUCCAGGUUCAGUUUCAGAAGCUUCAGCAACUGCGCCUGACACAGUACCAUGGCGGGUCCUUACCCAACGUGAGCCAGCUGCGGAGCAGCGCAUCGGAGUUCCAGCCGUCCUUUCAUCAAGCCGAUAAUGUGCGGGGCACCCGCCACCACGGGCUGGUGGAGAGGCCGUCGAGGACCCGCUUCCACCCCCUCCACCGACGGCCUGGAGACAAGCCUGGGCGGCAAUUUGAUGGGAGCACUUUUGGAGCCAAUUACUCCUCGCAGCCCCUGGACGAGAGUUGGCCAAGGCAGCAGCGUCCUUGGAAGGAAGAAAAGCAUCCUGAGUUCAGGCUGACAGCUGCACUUAACAGGACCAAUUCUGAUUCUGCUCUUCACACGAGUGCUCUAAGCACCAAGCCCCAGGACCCCUAUGGAGGAGGGGGCCAGUCGGCCUGGCCGGCCGCAUACAUGGGUUUCUGUGAUGGUGAGAACAAUGGACAUGGGGAAGUGAUGUGUUUCCCUGGUUCAUUGAAAGAAGAGAAUCUGCUAAACGUUCCCACGCCACUGCCAAAGCAGCUGUGGGAGACCAAGGAGAUUCAGUCGCUGUCAGGGCGCCCUCGAUCCUGUGAUGUUGCAGGUGGCAGCGCUUUUCCACACAACAGUCCAAACAUGGGCCUCUCCCCCUUUCUGGGGACCCUGAACACCGGAGGGUCCCUGCCAGACUUAACCAACCUGCACUACUCGACGCCCCUGCCGGCCUCCCUGGACACCGGCAACCCCCUCUUUGGUGGCAUGAGUAUGGGGAACAGUGUGGGCAACCUUCCUGCUGCUAUGACUCACCUGGGCAUCAGAAGCUCUUCUGGUCUCCAGAGCUCCCGGAGUAACCCCUCCCUCCAGGCCACACUCAGCAAGACAGCGCUUUCCUCUUCCCUGAACAGCCACCCGCAGACCUCGCCCAGCGCCUCUACGCUUCACCCUUCACUGCGCCUCUUCUCCCUCAGCAACCCCUCUCUCCCCACCACAAACCUGAGCGGCCCCUCUCGGCGCAGGCAGCCUCCCGUCAGCCCUCUCACGCUCUCUCCGGGCCCCGAAGCACAUCAGGGUUUCUGCAGACAGCUCUCUUCCACCAGCCCCAUGAACCCCUAUCCUGCCUCGCAGAUGGUGUCCUCCGAUGGGAGCCCGCUUACCUUCCUGCCCACAGACGCCCAAGCUCAAGUGUCCCCACCUCCCCCGUACCCCACACCCCAGGAGCUCCCCCAGCGUCUCCUACAGCAGCCCCACGCCCCGGAGCCCCCACAGCAGCCACAGGCAGCCCCGUCCCUGCCGCAGCCAGACUUCCAGCUCCUCACGGGCCAGGGCUCGUCUUUGACCAGCUUCUUCCCAGACGUGAGCUUUGACCAGCAGUCCAUGAGGCCGGGCCCAGCUUUUACUCAGCAGGUGCCCCUGGUGCAGCACUGUCCCCAGGAGCCACAGGACUCGUUUCAUUUGAGACCAAACCUGUAUUCCAACUGCGGGAAUUUCCCCAACAGCCUCCUGACAGAGGACUCGAAUUCUGGCCUGUUCAGAGACCUCGGCAGUGAGCUGGAGGGCAUGCCCGAGGUCAGUCUGAACAUGGACACUUCAUUCCCGUUGGAAGAAGAGCUCCAAAUUGAGCCGCUGAGCCUGGAUGGACUCAACAUGUUAAGUGACUCCAGCAUGGGCCUGCUUGACCCCUCUGUUGAAGAGACGUUUCGAGCCGACCGACUGUGAAUGGAAGGGAAUGGGGUGGUCUAAUUUAUAUCUGAACAGCUGAAGUGAAACGGAACAGAACGGAGCCCGCAGCACCCCUGGGCUUUCGUUAUCCCGGGCUUCUGACAUGGAAAGAACCAAUUCCACGGCUCCCAGCUUUGUGAUGAGGUCCCACCUCAUACACAGUGACUCAUCCUGGACCACAGAGCGAGGCCCUGCCUCUCGGGCCUGCGGCGCAGGUGACGCUGUUGCAGGCAGGCUCAUUCGGGACUUCCAACGAGCUGGUCAUCACCGUGACCAUCACCCAGCCGGUCAGUGUGUGAAAGGAAAAAGGUCAUGGGCGGAGGCCCAGGAGCACCAUGCAGUGCUCAGACCACUGACCCACAUCAACACUGAGGAGGGACCGGCUGGUGUGGAGGCAGGUAGGGGCCCCAGGCCUCCACGAGUUGGCUCAGCCUCGAGCGACGGUACCAAAGCCCCAGACGCCUUCUCUGACCCAGCUGUGAUGGCUGGGCACCUGCCCGCUGGCGGCAGAGCUAUUCAGGGCAGAAUCGAGAGCCGCAGCUCUCAGAUGCCUUAAUUCUAAUAUGAAGAAGAAUUUGCACCAGGAGUCCAAGAGCAGACUCGAGUUGAGCAAGCCGAAUGGUAAUUUGUUCUCUUCCCAUUUAUAAUCUCCUUUCUGCUGCUUCAGUUCGCCUUUUCCUACGGACAAGAGGAAAAGGAAGACGGUUGUAUUCAGUCGCUGAAGGAAAAGCCCCUGGCAGUGGAUGAGCCUGAACGAAGGAGCAGUGCUUCUCGGGGACUAGAAGAAAGAAGGGGCCUGCAGGUGUCUCGCAGACACGUGACGUCCUUCAGGCAAGCUCUGGACCAGCCCCAGGUGUGCAGGCCUCUACACACACCACCUGGAGAGGACGGCCGAGGUCUGACGCAGACGCGGCCAGCCGCUGAGCAGCAGCAGAGCGAAGCUCUUGUCUGUGGACCUGGAGUGUUCAUGUAACUCCACUGGACCCUCAGCUCCUUGGGGGCAGGCAGGGACUGUGCCUUAUUCACCAUUGAACCCUCAGUACCAACAAGUGCCUGGCACUGAGCAGGUGCUGUAUAACUGCGUGCUGAAUGUAUGAAUGAAUGAAUGAAUGAAUGCGUGAAAGAAUGAAUGCAUCUG